CCCAGCUGGUCCGUCAAUGCCAUUUUUCUCGCUCUCUCUCUCUCUUUCUCUCUCCUCUGGUUGCUUCCAUCACUGACUCUGUGUCCCUCACAAGCACUGAGACCGAAGCCACUGAGAUCUGAAGCCACAAAACCCCUGCUUCAAAGACGAUCUUGGGUUAGAUUGUAGUGUUGACGUGAAUGGCGGUGACUGAUGCUCAAAAUCCCCUUCUUGGAGAAACAUGUGGUUCUUUACUGCAGAAACUGCAAUCGCUUUAGGAAAUAUGGAACGAGGUUGGGGAAAGUGAUGAGGAACGCGACAAGAUGCUUCUUCAGUUAGAGCAGGAGUGCUUGGACGUAUACAAGAGGAAGGUUGAGCUGGCUGCUAAGUCAAGGGCACAGCUUCUUCAGGCCUUAUCAGAUGCCAAACUUGAACUUUCCAGUCUUCUAUCAGCUCUUGAAGAGAAAAGUUUUGUUGGGAUUCCAGAGGAGGCUUCAGGGACAAUCAAAGAGCAGCUUGCAGCUAUAGCACCAGUACUUGAACAGCUUUGGAAACAAAAGGAGGAGAGAGUAAAAGAGUUCUCUGAUGUUCAAUCACAGAUUCAAAAGAUAUGUGGAGAAAUUGCUGGGAACUUGAACCCUAACGAUCAGGUUGAGACUCCUGCAGUUGAUGAGGCUGACCUAUCCUUGAAGAAGUUAGAUGAAUAUCAUGCACAACUUCAAGAACUUCAAAAAGAGAAGAGUGAAAGGUUACAAAAGGUCCUUGAGUUCGUGAGCACUGUGCAUGAUCUUUGUGCUGUCCUGGGGAUGGACUUCUUCAGUACUGCAACUGAGGUUCACCCAAGCUUAAACGACUCUACUAGUGUGCAAUCCAAAAGCAUUAGUAAUGAUACUCUAUCUAGGCUGGCUAAGACAGUCUUAGCAUUAAAAGAAGAUAAGCAGCAGAGGCUGCACAAGCUCCAACAGUUAGCAACUCAGCUAAUUGAUCUAUGGAAUCUGAUGGAUACCUCCCUCGAAGAAAGGAGAUUGUUUGAUCAUGUUACCUGUAACAUAUCUGCUUCAGUGGAUGAAGUGACUGUUCCAGGGGCUCUUGCUUUAGAUCUGAUUGAGCAGGCGGAGGUGGAAGUUGAAAGGCUUGAUCAACUGAAAGCGAGCAGGAUGAAAGAAAUUGCUUUUAAGAAGCAAGCAGAGCUUGAAGAAAUAUAUGCCCAUGCUCAUAUAGAAAUAGAUCCAGAGGCUGCUCGAGAAUACAUUAUGGCACUUAUUGACUCUGGUGAUGUUGAACCUGCUGAAUUACUGGCUGACAUGGAUGAUCAGAUAGCAAAAGCAGAGGAUGAAGCUUUCAGCCGAAAAGACAUAUUGGACAAGGUUGAGAAAUGGAUGUCAGCCUGUGAAGAGGAAAGUUGGCUUGAAGACUACAAUCGGGAUGAAAACAGGUACAAUGCAAGCAGAGGUGCACACUUAAACCUCAAGCGUGCAGAAAAGGCCCGGAUUCUGGUCAACAAAAUUCCCGCACUGGUUGACACAUUGGUUGCCAAAACUCGGGCUUGGGAGGACGAUCGUGGCAUAUCAUUUACUUACGAUGGUGUUCCUCUUCUUGCAAUGCUAGAUGAAUAUGCCAUGCUCAGGCAUGAACGAGAAGAAGAAAAACGGAGGUUGAGGGAUCAGAAGAAGUUCCAUGAGCAGCAAAGCACGCCCAGCCCUGCUCGACCUGUCGGUACAAAGAAGGUAGUGGGCCCUCGUACCAACGGCGGUGCCAACGGUACUCCUACCAGACGAUUAUCUCUUAAUGCCCAUCAAAACGGGGCCAGGUCGAUGACAAAAGACGGAAAGAGGGAUAAUAACAGGCCAGUUGCCCCCGUGAACUACGUAGCCAUAUCGAAAGAUGAUGCUGCCUCCCAUGUUUCUGGUACCGAACCAGAUCCGGCCUCACCCUGAUUAAAAUGAGGGAGAGAGUUCUGUAGGCUUUACACCCCAUCUGAGAUUACUAUUAUUACUACUUGUAGUUUAAAUGUGCUAUAGGAUAUGAUCUAUGAAACAGUGAGUAAAAAUGCGGAUAAAAGUGUUGUAGCUCUGUAUGUGAUAUGGACUUGUGGAAAGCUUUUUCAA